AUGUCGACAUCUAGCAUUAGCAGGGCCUUGAAGGCAAGAAAUUGGUCAAAGAAGGCUGCUCGUCGAGUGGCGAGAGAGCAAAGUCCAGAUCUUCGAGAUUUCUAUCUACGGAACUUAUCCGCUUUUAGGUCGUAUCACCUCGUCUAUAUUAAUGAGUCUAGGUGCGAUAAGUUGAUCGGAUUCAGGCGGACGGGCUGGUCCCCUCUCGGUGUAGCGCCUAUCCACGUCUCUAAGUUCCACCGGGGCCAACGAUACCAGAUUCUACCUGCCUACUCGCAGGACGGGAUCCUUCUCGCACGUGUUUUCAAGGGCUCUACAGAUAGCGAAGUUUUUGAGAAUUUCCUCGAGCAGCUCCUUCCCUAUUGUGGCAAGUGGCCUGAACCGAAAUCCGUGCUUGUUAUGGAUAAUACUUCUUUCCACCGCACGGAGCGAGUUGAGCAGAUGUGUAAUAAAGCAGGGGUUAAGCUUGUCUACCUGCCACCGUAUUCCCCCGACCUGAAUCCUAUUAAGGAGUUCUUUGCUAAACUAAAGGCUUUUAUCAAGAAAAACUGGCAGACUUUUAGAGAUUCUCUAGAACAAGACUUUGCUGAGUUUCUUGAAUAG